AUGAACUCUCACCCCACUGACGUCAUUUCGGAUGAAGAAAAAAACAUUAACGUGUUUUUGGAACGAAAAUUUCCAGAGUGGAAGGACGACAAGAGUAUGAUCUUUUAUAUGAGCAAUUUCAAGAAAACAAGACAAUUAAAUGUCAAUGACUGGGAUUCAAGACUCUCUUUUUGGAGGAACGUACUCUUGUCCAUCAUUUCAGAAUAUUAUAAAAACACAAUUUUGAUCGUAACAAUCCGACAACUGAAACAAUACAUGAGCAGACGAAAAAAGACUGAUGAAGGCAUUGUGGAAACUACACUUGGAUGGCAAACUGUCAUUCAAGAAAUGAUUCAUCAAGGAGAAUUAAUAUCCAUAGAAGAAUUCAAAAAUGUUUAUGACACGAACAACAAUCAGGGAAUUGGUUCUUGGUUGGUCGGAGUUGCCACCACAUGGUUCUUUGGAAGAGCCAGUGCCUUGAGCAAAGCAGGUGCCAACACUGCUCUCAAUAACUCGAAGAUCCCUGAAGACAACAAGUAUAUUGUGAUGAAGCCACUCAAAGAAAUUACAUUGAAUUUUAUAAAAAGUGCCCAGAAGAACAAGGUAUCAAAUUUGGAUUUAUACUUUUCUCCGAGUGAAUUGAGAGAGAGAGAGUUUCCUAAUUAUGACUUUACUCAAAUUGAUUUGUUAUUGAGAUAUAUGCACUGUGAGGAGUCUGCAUUUGUGGUAGAAUUGACCAAUUCAAAAAAAGGACUUGUUUGUUUUGAAGAAUCUACCAUGAAGAAAGAAGUAUUGAAUAAUCUUCCUCACUACUCACAGAAAUUUAUUGGGAUUAUUCAAUUGAAAGAAAUGUCACAUCUGCUUGAAAAGGAAGUGCAAAGUUUGCAAAUGAAAAUUGAUUCUUUAGUUUCAGAAGCUAAAAAGUGUCUCACAUUCCAAAGAAAAGAGGACGCUAAAUGGAUAUUGAAAAAGAAAAAAUUGGUAUCUAACAUUUUAGAAAAACGCAAUCAAGCACGACAUAAUGUUUUCGAGUUGUUAACAUCCAUCGAGACUGCAACUUCUGAUAUCGAGGUUCUAAAAAGCUUACAAACGGGAGCCAAUUCUCUCAAACAAUAUACCAUAGAGUUGAAUACAAUGAACAUGGAGGAAUCAAUUGAAAAUAUUGCCGACACUAUGUCUGAAUAUCAAGAAAUUAAGCACAUUAUCGAUUCUGGAUUCGAACAAAUUAAUCAAAUUCAAGGAAUUCAGUUUGAUGAAGAAGAAUUGUCGAGAGAAUUGGAAAAGUUAGCAGUAGAGCCGUCAAAAUCACCACAGAUUCAGAGACCACCUACUGACACCACGACAGUGGCCAUAUCAUCAAAAGCAUCAGCAUCCAGUCCGCAGAGUAUGACUCAAGAAACUGAAGUGGCAUUUCCUACAGUUGACGACAUACCAACCGAAAGCUUUUCUAUAUUAGAAUGGGAAAAGCAACACACCACAAAUUCAGAAAUUAAGGAGUUUUGUGUUUUAAAGCUCAAAAUGUUAACUCUCAAAAAGAAGAUGAACAAACUCAAACCUGAAGAAUUAGCACUCAAGCUCCAGCAAAAACUUUCACAGUUCGAGAAAAAACAGCAAGAAUUCAAGCUAAGCGGAAACAGCAAGGCUAUGAAACAUGUAGAGACUUAUAUUUCUCUUUUACGUGAAGAAAUUGAAUCCAUAUCAAGAACAGAGCAGGUGGAAGAAAAACAGCCUGUUUUACUGUAA